AUGCUAGCUCUGCAAGACCGACAACCCUACUACUCCGGCUCUGCUGGCCAGCCCCGAUCGGACUACUCGUACAACCUGGUGCCCAAGGAUCGAGAGUCUGUCAUCGGCGCCGCCCAGGUGCCUGCUCAGGCACCUGUGGCCGCCCACGAGUACCAGCAGGAUAACUACUACUACUCCAGCCGGCCCCAGAGCAAGAGCCUCAACUCCAGCGCCCCUUCCACCAACCACUCGUCUCCCCAGCAUUCCCAGGUCAACACCUCUCCGUCGUUGCCUUCCAUCUACGACCCCAACGGGCCCGUCGCUGCUGCCUACUACUCGGGGCCCAACUCCGGAGUCAACUCUGCAAACCACUCUGCUGUCCACAGCCAGGCCCACUCGGCGGUCCACAGCCAGGUCCCCAGCCAGGUUCCUAGCCAGGUGCCCUCGCAGGUGCCCUCACAGGCCCCCAGCCAGGCCGGCUCCGCACCCAUGAGCCCCAACAGACUGCCCAUGCCCGUGCGAAACUCGCCUCCUCAGUACCAGUCGCCCACCGCCAACAACCCUUACGCCGUGGGCGUGGGAUCGGGCCAGCUCCUCAACCAGCCCUUCAACCAGCCCAUGACUCAGCAGCAGCUCCAGAUGCAGCAGCUCCAGCUCCAGCAGCAGCAGAUCCAGCAGAUCCAGCAGCUCCAGCAGCAGCAGGUGCAGCAGCAACAAUUCCAGGCGCAGGCGGCCCAACAGAACCAGGCGCAGUACUACGGCCAGCAGGUGCCGCAGCAGAUGAUGCAGAUGGGCUACCAGCAGCAGAUGCACCCGCACUCGCAUCUGAUGAACCAGUUUUCGUCCAAGCGCCAGUUCCGCACCCUCAAGAAGCACGUCUGCACCGUCUGCGGCAAGCGGUUCACCCGGCCGUCGUCGCUGCAGACCCACACCUACUCUCACACCGGCGAGAAGCCCUUCCGAUGCGAGUUUUCUGGCUGUGGGCGCCAGUUUUCCGUCGUCUCCAAUCUUCGACGACACCAGAAGAUCCACUCUCCUCGAGAAUAG